GGCACGAAGUUUUGUGAAUAAAAAUUCUCCGGAAAAUAAUAACAAGCGAGAUCAUGUUGAUCCUCGGAGGUUCUUGCAGCCCGCGUCCUCCCAGCCCCACCCCUACUACUUGAAACACCUCCACGCGGGCGGCAAAAAGAUCGAGUUCGCGCUCAAAAUCGGAAGAAUGCCGGGGGACACGAAUCCGCAGAUUGCGCUGCGGUUCAAGAUAUCAAAUGUAAAAAUGUCUGGGUCUGGAAGAUCGCCAGGUUUGUCAUGCAUAUUUUGCAUGACCCAUGAUGUCUGUAGUGCAUGCCCUAGCAUCCCAGAUUUUUAGAAGGCCUUCUGAUGCUUAUUCUGCAUGAGAAAUGCUCUCCCCGUGUAGCACAAACUGGACGCCUUUUGCCACUCAUGCAAUACAGAUUUUUUUGGAAUCCAAAUGCAGCAUCACAAGUUACAUUCUUCCAGACCCAGACAUUUUUACAUUUGAUAUAAGAAUACGGGGCAGAAAAACCAGUUUGUACAGGACGAGAUUUAUCCUGAGUAAAAACGUACCCACACCAGAGUUGUAAUGCAAAUCUGCAUGCUGAGAAUGUUUCUCAUGCGGAGCCCCAUGAGAAGCAUUUUCUAGCCGUGUUUUGCAAUUUGUCAUGCUCCAAUCAGCAUGGUAUGCUAGAUCUGUGAUGCUGCUGAGCUAGCUCAAACCGCACUACACUACGAAUGCAAGUUUGUCAUGCAAAACAGCCAAAACUUGUGGACUUGUCUAGCCGAUUCCCCAUCUUGACUAUGGUGUGGGUACGUUUUUACUCAGGAUACAGCACGUCAACUCAGACGAGUACCACGACGAGCACCAGUACUGUCACCACAACAACUACUACAAC